GGGAACUGGCGGCUUUGGUCGGUGCAACAUUGCCACAGGGCCGGUUCCCCUGCCACCUUUUCUUCUGCUCCUUGCCCCAAUCCGGACUGCGCAACGUCAGUUCCUCUUUCUCAUCAAUCCACUCCGUCGCCUUUUCCCGCCUUCUCGACCCUGCCCUGUCUGUCACCAGCGCAGACCAGCGCAGCAGCCUCCCUCUGCUCGCCAUUGUAUUAUUUUCGGCUCCGAGAUAUCGCCAACUCCACCUCCCCGGCCACCCAUCAUCGUACAGCCAACCUGGGGGACGAACGACUUCUGCUGCCUCCACAUCCGACGACAGCUGACAGCCCUCUUCUCUCCUGAGCCCUCUCUCACUGUCUCGCUCUCUCUCACUCACACUCUCCAUCCCACCCUCCUCCGCGAAACACAUGCGGUCUGCUGCUGUGUUGUCCAGCUGGCCGGUCUGAGCGUAUCGCGAUCCCCCACUUUGGCAAUCCGAAAACCGCAUCGUCAGCAACAGGGGCAGCCGGCGUUGUGGACCUCGAUCGCCAUUUUUUUUUUGCUGUGAGGCGCGUAGUGAGCGUGCACGGGAUCCGCUCUUGUCAACCCCCUCUCUCGCUUCCUCUCAGACAGGGCAACCCAUCAUCACAGAAAAAAAAGGGCAAAAAAUCCCACCGUCCCAGGUUGACAGCUCGAUCUCAAUGAAACAUCAACAUCAAUAAUCCUUGGGCGCUGUCUUGCUCUCCUCACCCUGUCCCUAUCUCUACCCGGCCUCCCUGCCUCUCCUCUUCUCUAGUCAGACUUCCGUCUAGGCACUAGGCUUAACAAUCAGUCUCAAACAUCAUCCCGCCGCAGGGCCCCGCAUCACCCCUGUCCCUCCCCUUCCCUGCUGGACCAGGACGCACCGACUGUUGGCGGCGUCCCAACUCAGCCUCACCAUAGGCUACUGGUUUCUUAAGCGCCGCAUCACCCUCCCUUGGAAUCCUCCGGUUCUCCCUUUGACUCCUCUCAGCUGCACCGCUUCCAACCAGCCCCUUUCCCCCCCAAACGACUACAAAGAUGGCGGCGACUUUUCGAUCCGUCAACUCAUCACAACUACCGCCUCCCGACAUGGCCGAGGCCGACUCCAAAGUGAAGUCACCCACGACGCCCCGACCCAGUACAGCCCCGCACUUGCCGCCGCCGCCGACACAGACCGCCAUGGAUGAUGCGACGACCCCAACGAGAGCCACAUUUGGUGCCGGCGUCAUGGCCCAACAAAAACCUCUCCCGUCGUCGCCAUUCCCCGAGGGCAUUCAGAUAAAGCCCGAGGACGCCACAGAGAGCAAGCGAUCGUCCAGGGAGACCUCGCACAACCCCAAGAAAUCAAGGGACUCUGCAGAGAUGGACGUUGACGGCUCCGAGGAUAAGGGCACGCCAGGUGGUGAGGAAGGUGCCGAGUCGGAGGACGAAGACAGCGUGAACGCCGAUGGAAGCCGCUCGAGCAAGAAGAAGAAAUCACAGCGCUUCUGGUGCACAGACUACCCGCCAUGCAAUCUGAGCUUCACGAGGAGCGAGCACUUGGCAAGGCACAUCAGAAAACAUACUGGCGAACGCCCAUUCACAUGCCACUGCUCGAGGCGUUUCUCCCGCCUGGACAACCUGCGACAGCACGCCCAGACCGUACAUGUGAACGAGGACAUCCCGAUGGACUCGUUGGCGGCGACUGGGACGAGAUUCCAGCGACAGGUACGGACUGACCGGGUGCGCCAGGGCACCGGAAGAGCAAGGGCCUCGACGGCUGGCAGCAUUGGCGCACCGGCUCGCGGUCAUUCCAAGUCGCUGUCGACGUCCAGUAUCACUAGCAUCAGCUCUAUCGGCUCGACUUUCAGUUCGAGGGACGACAUCCGCUCGGGAAGGCGCCCGCCUCCUCUCGUCAUGGCUGGAGACCCCCAGGCCCAAAGGCUGUCCAUGACAUCGAUCGACUCCUACCGCAGCGCUGGUUCGGGCCAUUUCCCGUUCCGGCAGCCAUCGCCCAGUGACUUUGGCACACCGACCUCGGCAACCUUCUCCACCGGCCAGAACAGCCCGAGAUGGGGCUCCGGUGUUGGCUCACCUGCCACCACAUACUCACGCAGCCAUGCCAUGUACCCAUCUGGGUCUCGCACCCCACACGAGCGGCGGCUUAGUGUGCCUUCUGGCGUCAACCCCUUCCAGUCUCCUCAUGGGACUGGGAAUCUUGGUCGGCCCCUCUUUGGGCCUGGCUCUCAGAAUGCUUCAAACUCUGCCGCCCUUGGUUCUCCGGGCGGCAGCUUGCUUGGCUCACCCACCACCUCAACCUCUGGGUGGUCGCGUCGCGACUCGACCAACAGCAUUACUGAUGAAUGGCGCAGGAGGACCUGGCACCCAGAUAGUAGCAACUUCACUAACCCGGGGAGUCGACUCAGCCAGGUCAUCACAUCGUCGCAGCUCGACCCUCCUCCCGAGCCCCUGCCUGCCGUUGUCAAGAACGGCCCUCCACAGCAGUGCAUCCGCCUGCCUGGUAUCGAGUCGUUCGAUCCCAUCGCGCGUCGACCAUCCUCACCUGUCAGGAGGGCUCCUUCUCCCAUGAUGGUGGACUCUGAGGGCACCACUCCGCCGACUCUGUUGCCGUCUGCCAACAUCUCUGUUGAGAGACAUGGCUCACAACAGUGGGAGAUGGGCCUUCAUCGCGGGCUGAACCGUCUGGAGAUCAACAGCACGACCCCUCCGCGAGACAGCGCUGGAGCCUGGGCGAGCGAGGUCCAGCAGGCCAUGCAAUCCCGGGCAGAACCCCCUCGGGCAUAUCAGCCUACCGUUCGUUUUGAAGCCCAGCCGCAGGUUGUGCACCCCCCACCCGCUCCCUCUGCUACUGGACCCCCUCGAGGGCAUCACCAUACGAUGUCGGCCCCGUUGAUAUCGACACACCGUGAAGCUAAGCGCCAUGGCUGGUACAACGGACCAGCAGUCACCGUCCACGAAGACAGGGUCUUGGAGUCACGGCCGCAUGUCGACCGCAUUGCGCACCCAAAUCUGCACGCUUUCUCCGGUUUCCCUGCCCGUGAACAGCAGCAAUCUCAGUACGCGCCCCAGGCGACAAGCCCUCCUGAGAACAUGAGAAGGCUGGAGGCUCUUGUUGCUGUGGCCACGAGCGAGUCGUCUUCUACUGCAACGGCAUGCUAGGGAGGAUCUUGAUUUGUACGAGGAUAACCGACCCACCUGUGUGCUCGUUCUAUUUCUACGAUGUCGAUAUUGCGCCGACCCGAUGUCUCGGCACUACAAACCAUGCCCUGCUCAUGACCUGAACGACACAUUUUCGAAUAUUACAACGACAGUCACGAUAACCUUACACUUGCAUUGGGAGAGGCUUGCAUUGCUCCCCGGAUACGACAAGGCAGCACACACUCGCUCACCAUCCGUGUCUUUUCUCUUUUUGGGUUUUCUUUUCCGGGCGGUCUUGACGAAACAGUGAUACCAGGUCGGCGGUUUUGACUUAGUUUGGCGCUGUGGAUACCUGCUUUAUUUAUUUUGGAUAUGUCUAUCAGCGUUGCAAUUGAUUUCCGUCUUGUCUUUUUUUUUUUUUGGUCACCUGUGGCGUUCCUUUGCUUGCCUCCUCUCGCUCUCCGCUACCUGACCAUCUCCUUGUGCCUUCCUCGACCACCUCAUCCUCUUUCUUCCGGCUUGACCUCUGCUUCUCAACUGCGAAUCCACUUCAGCUACUUACUAGCCACGGGGAUAAGCAACACCUACCCGAUUCGACCUAGAUAAGACCUGCCUUGGAAGUCUACUUGAUCAACCAACACUUUUCCCACUUUUCCCGCCACCAUUUCUCGACGUGAUUUGAGGAGCAAGGACGAGGGCGACGGCGGUUCCCUGCUCUUCCCCAAAACGGGGAUAUGUGGGGAGGGAACAUUAAUGUGACACGGCGGGCCAUGGGGACGGGAAGUACUCUGCUUCUAUGAUACCCCACCAUCUUUGAAUGACGGAAGGCUUUUGCAUCAUCAUUGGAGGUCCUCUGUAGAGGCCGCCCGGGCGUGGGCUAUCUCUUGGACAUGCGGACAGGACACGAGGACAAACAACAAUACGGGGGGCGAGUCUACACGAUGCCACCGUCGGACAUGGCAUUUGGGAGGCUAGAUUGAACAACCAUUCUGUUUCGUCCGCCUCCAUCUCCAAGCCGGGAGCUAGGGCCACAGUCCAUCAACAACUGAGCCACAUCUCGGCCUCUUGACCCCGGGUGCCCAUCGGCAAUUGGAUUGGGGGCGUGAUCAUCUCUACUCCUGGGCUUCACGUAUUUCACUUCUUUCGGCCGCACUAUCCGAGCUUGACCUUGAUAUCGUAUUGUGGGCGGCUCCCAGGGAUGGGGCUCGUUUUCGACGGGCGGGCGGGAUUGAUACCCUAAGGUUGGACGGAAGGGGGGUCGUUAUUCCCGUCAAGUGAGAUGGGUCCCCCACACAGCGGUCCGGGCUGUCCUAUCUCUAUUUUCUCGUAUUCUUACAUAGCGUUUCAAUGGGAUCUUGAUAUUUAUCCGCAUUAAUAAUGGAUGUCUUGGUGAGGGUGAACUUAUGAAUCACCACCUCGUCUAUUAUGUGGUGAGGGAUGCUGCUCAAGUGAUGUGUGGUUCCGUCCUGUCCUGGCCUGGCCGGGCUGGCCUCCCACCUGGCCUCCCUACCUACCUAGGUACCUAUCGGCGGCGGCGGCGGCGGCGGUUGCGGCUUCUCCGUCUACUAUGUAUGAAUAAUCACCGGGGAGGUGGAGGUGGGGAAGGGAGGAGGAGGGACGGGAUAUGUCUCUCGACCGGGGCUAGGGGGUCCACGGGUUUUAGAUACCCGCCUGCUCUGCCGCGCGUGCGCGCGUUGCGUGGAGACCCUGGAUGGGAGUGUUGUAGGUACUAGUAGAGGUAGGUAUGUAUAGAGCACAAAAAGACAACAGGCCGUCCGUACCUAGGUACUGCCAGCCGUGAUACCCGCGGCGGCGGCGGCGCCGCUGCCGUUGCCCGUUGCCGGCUCGUUCGUUCGGGUGGUAACCGAGACAUACACACACACACAUGAGCCACUGAUACUACCCUUUAGAGAGAAACUGCCCAGGUUGGAGAUGUGGCACAUUUGC